AUGACUGUGUCCUACUCUGGCAACUUUGUUCGCCUUCUGCUCCGAUGGAAGGGCUCCAUCUGGAGGUCGGUGUGGAUGGAAUUAGUCGCCUUCUUGUUGUUGUUCUAUGCAGUGCGGCUUUUCUACAACUACGCAAUCCCUGCAAUCGAUCCUAACGAGGAACUGGACCUGAAGAAGAAGUUCAACAUGCUCUGUAAGGAAUUCAACGAAUACACCCGCCACAUUCCACUUACUUUUCUUCUCGGUUUUUACGUCUCGAGCAUUGUUUCGAGAAUUCGUCUCACAAACUAUGUCUCUGAUUUAUUCAGGUGGUGGAGCCAAUUUGAAUGUCUCAGCUGGCCAGAAGACCUUCUGUCCAUAGUCUGCUUGAUUCUGCCCAAUAACACAGAGGACUCGAGAAAGAAACGGCAUCAGAUCGCUCGUUACGUCAACCUGGUUGCCGCUAUUGCAUGGCGUGACGUCUCCGAUAAGAUUCGUCUCCGCUUCCCAACAAUUCACAAUUUGGUUGACGCCGGCCUCAUGACUGAAUCUGAGUUCAUACGUCUCGAGAAACUGGAG